AUGAUAUCUGACGAACAUUAUGACCUCUGUCGUCCUAUUCUGGACGACAGUACAAUAGAUGAGGAGGAGAAGACCGAGCGCCUUGAGGAACUUCUUAGUAAAGAAGCUGGAUUAAGUGGUACUCCCCUGGAGAAUGCCAUUCUGAACGCCUUGUGGAAACAUCGGAAUGCGCAACGAGGAGAGAACUCGGAUACUCCUUUGCGACAUCAAGUUAUCCGCAAGUCAUCGCCAGCGCCAUGGCAGGCGAGAGCUCCUACACCAUUAGGUUCACCUCCGCCUCUUUCCUCUAGCCCGGCUCUUUCAACUGGCUUUCCAGUCUCGCGCCCAAGCUUUUCUCGCCAGAAAUCCAGUGCGCCAUCUCCAUUCGCUUCUCCUCGACCCUCCCCGAGACUCGCUUUGGCGCAACCUAUACCCCAUAGUCCGAGCCUGAAUGCUUAUGAGUUUUCCGACGCCAGUCCUGCUCCCGAUAUCUACGGCGACUACGGUCAUGAGAAUGUGGACUGGCUUCUAGCUGACGAGAGUGCAAGCAACGCCUCUUUCGGCAAUCUUAAUGCAGUGGCACAGGAAUGGCUUCCACAACCUGAUAUGAGCCCCUAUGAUAUAUUACGAUCUGUAUUAGGUGACCGCAAAACCGAUGAGGAAAUAGAGGACGCCCUAAACAAGAAUUCGUACGACCUCGGUGCCACUAUUGCUUCGCUGCUUGGAACCGAUGGCGGCGAUGCUCAGUAUACCGGCGUUCCCACCAGCGAUGCCAAUGUGUUGGUAGGGAAAUCUAUAGCGGUCAAUCCAGUCCGACCCACUACGCCUGGAUCAUCCAAAAGCCCCAUUGUUUGUAAAUACUGGUUGGCAUCUGGAUCGUGUCUGCGUGCUGAUUGUCGCUUUGCGCACGAUACAAGUGGCUACCUUUGCAAGUAUUGGAUGAGCGGCAACUGCUUAGCAGGUGAUUCUUGUCAAUUUUCGCACGAUCCGGCCCUUCUUAUCAAUCAGCUUAACGUGAACGAAAAUGGGUCAGCCACCACGUUCCAACUCCAGGAUCAGUACGACCAAUUUCCAACCCUUUCAGCGCAAAAUGUAAGAAGCACGCUUCAAGCUGGACUGGCCGCAGGCAAUACUUUCGUUCCUAGCAGUCAAAAAUCUCGAAGUGCACUGGGCACUUUUGGCACUACAUCACGACCACAUUCGCGGCCCAACUCUCGGCAUCAGAAUCGUCCCGAAACACCUUCAUCUCUGGCUAUGGAUGACACAGAUGCGUUUCCUGCUUUAGGAUCUUUGAGUGCCAAAAGGGCGAAACACCAUGGUCAUCGGUCAAGGCACGGCCAUAGCAUUGAAAAGGAACAGCCGUCUUCACUUGCUGAUGUCGUCCGCAUGUCGCCCUCACCGGUGCCGAGUCAGGCUCGCAAAGGUGACGCAACCCGCAAAAUCCGUACCUACGGGGGCUCGGAAAGUGCUGCUGCGAAGAGAAUACCGGAGCCACAGCAUAUCCCAUGGCUGGAAACAGGCUCGCGUGCUAACCAGCAGUAUUUAAAGUAUAGACAGGAGGCUAUCAAGCAUGGCAGCGUCCGCAACAAGUUUCUACAAAGUGCUGCACAAGCAUGGAAUCGCAACGAUGCACGGGCAGCUAAGGCAUUGUCCCUGCGGGGACAGGCCGAGAAUGAUGCGAUGAGAAAGGCCCAUCGAGAAGCGGCGAAAGCGUUGUAUGAUGAACGGAAUGCACACCUCUCAUCGACAGAUGACAGUGACGAGCUCUAUGUCGAUCUUCAUGGCCUCCACCCUGAAGAAGCCAUCGAGUAUCUCGAGAACAUCCUCCUUACCCAGUCCAAGAGGGGUAGGAGAAUCGUGUACGCCAUCACUGGAACCGGACACCACAGCAAAAACGGCAAAGACAAAGUAGGCAAAGGAGUGCGUAACUGGCUUAAUGAAUGGGGUUAUACAUUCCGAGAGUUCAGUGUGCCAGGGGAGAGAGGCGGCUAUAUUGGAGGUGUGCUAGGGAUCGAUAUCACGAGCCACAGACGGCAGCCUAUUUCACUGGAAAGCGACUCGAGAGAAGGAGAGACAUCUCCUGCGGCGGUAGUGGCUACUAUUGGUGCCAAAAUACAGGUCUUGAAGCGUGACGAAGUGUCUGCUUGA